AUGGAGGGCCAGUGGGGCUCUCGCAAGCUGCCGGCGCGGCACCUGUUGAAGUACUGGGAGGCGCUACCAGCCGCGAGCCUCCAGUACCCCGAGGACGUCCGAUUCCUCCUUGCGUCCUUCCCGAGCCUCUUUGGCACGAGCGUUGGGGCUCAGUUGCAGCGGUGGGCGAAGCAGAGGGGCUGGUUGCUCGUGUGGUCCCUCGGCUUCAACCUGCAGGACGUGGGCGUCGUGAUGGACUUCUCCAUCCUCGGGGCAGACUUCAACCUGACGUCGAACCAGCGUCUCGUGGAUCCGCUGGUGGCUCUCGAGACCACUGCCACCGCCAACCUGUCCCUGACGGGUGCAGCCACGCGCACUUUCCAGGACUACUGGGGCCAGGCCGCCGCGAUGGGAAACUACUCGCCCGACGGCUGGACGCGCGGCAGCAACGCCACCUGGGCCUCGCUGUGGUCGCGGCUGGUGGGGGCGCUGCCGGGCGGACUCCGCCUGCGGCCGCUGCGAGGCGGAGACUGCCCGAGGCUCCCGUCGGAAACAGAGUGCAUCGGCGUCAGCCACGACUCGAAGUGCGUGUGUUACUCGAAGGGGGCUGUAGACUUGGUAGUCCACGUCUGA